AUGAGCUCGAUCCCUCCCAAGUCAGGCCCUCAACCUCAAGGACAGAGCACCUCGACCCAGGCCGCCUCCUCCGCCCAACCCUCCGGGAAAUCAUCGCCCCAGGCGCCGGUUUCCACGUCCUCGUCCGCCACCACGACGGCUCCUCGCUCGUACGCUAACGCCACCAAGAAGUCCGCGACGGACUCGACCGCCGCUCCCGUCACCGUGGGCGGCCCAGCGCAACAUGGGAAGUCGACUACAGCAUCCUCUGUGAGCGGCAAACCCAUGCAGCAAUCCCAACCCUCUGGCGUUACCAUCGUCAAUGGCGCCCCGGCCCCGGCCUCUCAGGGCGACCACUCCAGAAAGCCGUCCGUGACCAUCACAUCGGCCGGCACCUCGGGCUACAUCCCCAACGGCGGCCAGACCGGUCGUCCGAACAGUCUGCAGUUCGGCUUCGCCAACCCGCAGUCCUCCCCCAACAUGGGCAAUCCCGCCGCCUUGGCCAACCAGCCUCCGUCGGGCUUGGGGGUUACUCCGCCCACGAACCCCCGUGUGACCUCCCCCCAGACCUCCCCGUCGCCCAUCCCGCAGCCUGCUUCCAGCGGUGGCCGGCCACCGCCGUCGUCCUAUCAGGCGCAGGGCAACGUGCCGAACUUUGGAAGCUUUGGCGAUGCCGGUGAUAACCAACAGAUGCGCCCGGCUCCGCAGGCACCCCUUGGUCCUGGCCCUCAGUCGACCCAUCUGCGUCGCGAAUCGUCUCAGUCGACCCACAGCGAUAUGAGCAACCACAUGGGCAGCGCUCCCGGCCGUGGCGGUUACCCCCAUCAGGGCGGCCGUGGACGCGGAUAUUCCCAGUCCAGCUACCAGGGUCAGAUCCCCUACUCUCCAGGUCCCAACUUCCGCUCGACUCCUAGUCAGCCCCGUGGCGGCCCCAACAUGGCUCCCCAGUUCCACCCCCAGAACCAGGGACGCCCCCUGGGCUUCCCCAACUCGCCGCACCAAGCGAGCCGCAGUCCCGCCCUGGCCACCGCCCAUCCGGCCACCCCCCAGAUGAACCAGGUGCCGAUGGCCCACGCCCAGAUGCCGCCGCAACCCUAUGGCUAUGCCCAACCCAUGGGCCCCCAAACUGUGAGACCCCAAUCAUUCCUAAGGACCCAGACGCGCCGUGGCGCCAUCCGAGGCAAAAAGGCAACCCCCCGUCAACACUCCAAUCGUUCUACCCUUUUGCCCCAAGUCCCCCUUCCACUCCCCAAUCUGUCUCCAGAGAGUGGGCAGUUUGAACGCUAUCUAACACUGAUGAAAAACAACCAGGCGUACCCAGGCUAUGACCCCGCCGCCGCCGCUGCCUACGGCUACCCCUACGGCUUCAACAUGACCAAUGUCAACUACAUGGCCCCUCCGUCGCCGCAGCCCCGCCCGGGCAUGCCCUACAACCCUCAGGCGCCGUACAUGCAGAAUCAGUACCAGGUACAGCCCCCCGCGCAGGCAACCUCCCUGUCGCGCUCCCCCUCACAGGUCUCGAACGACCGGCCCGGCUCCAGCCUGGGUCAAGGCCAGCCUCCGGCGGGUCCUCCCGUGCACACGCACACGGCCAGCCGUUCGUCCAACAGCCCCGCCCCGCCCAAGACCCCGUUCGUCAUCCCUUCGGCCAAGAAGAGUGCCCUCGUCAUCAAGGACCCUGCCAGUGAUCGCCACGCCGACCUCGACUCCUCCCCUCGCACCGGAAGCAGCGCCGACCACACCCGCACCGACUCCAAGGCCACUAAGACGGACGAGGAGAAGAAGAAGGAGCUGAGGGACGCCGUGCGCCAGAAGAUCGAGCAGGAAGAGGCAGAGCAGCGUCGCAAGGCCGAAGAGGAGCAGGCCGCUGCCCGCAAGAAGGAGGAAGAUGAAGAGGCCGCGCGUAAGAAGGCCGAGGAAGAGGCCGCCCAGAAGCUGAAGGACGAAGAGGAAGCCGCGCAGAAGAAGGCUGCCGAGGAGGAAGCCGCGCGCAAGGCCCUCGAGGAGCUCAGCUUGAAGGAGAAGGCUGCCGAGGCCAAGGCUGAGGAGCCCGCCCCUGCCCCUGCUGCCGCCCCUGCCGACGAUGACGAUAUCGAUUACGAUGCCAUCGAGCGUGAGAUGGCCGAGCUUGAGGCCAAGGAGCGUGCCGCUGAGGAGGCGUACUACGCCAAGAAGAAGGCCGAUAAGGAGGAGAAGGAGCGCAAGGAGAAGGAGGACCUUGCCGCAUACGAGGCCAACAUGAAGGCUGCGGAGCGCGAGGCCGAGGCUCGCGAAGAAGCCCUUGAGAAGAAGCGUCAAGGCGGCGUCGAGGAUGCCGACUCCAAGAACAAGGAGCUCUUCGCCUCUCUCAAGAAGGGUGGAUUCCCUGCUACCGAGCCCGCCAGCGCUGCCAAGCAGAAGCCCGCGGCCCUCAAGCUGGAGACCACCAAGGCGGUCGAGCCCCCUCAGCCCAGCGCCGCCAUGAAGGCUCUCCAGUCUGCUCGCUUCGUUGAGGACCUCAGCAAGAUUGAAUAUCCCUCGUCCUUCCACUACAACAAGGAGUUCUUGCUGCAGUUCCAGGCCGUGUUCAAGGAGAAGCCUUCCAUCGACUGGGAUGCGCGCGUCCGCGAGACCGUUGGCGACAGCGACUCGUCUCGUCCCCAGUCUGCACGCACGCCCAUGAUGGGUGGCCGGAACAACUCCCGGUCUGGUGUGACCCCCGGCUUCCAGAUGGGCAACUUCGGUCAGACCCCCAGCCGCAACCUGCCGCCCAACACCACCUCCGAGCAGCGCUUCGCUAUGUCGAACGCUGCCCGCACUGCUUCCAUGGGCAACCCCUUCGGUCAGUUCGGUCGCCCCGGCCUUGGUGUCGGUGCUCCCUCCAUCAGCCGCACCAACUCCGCCAGCGCCAUGCACCCUGGUAUGCCCCAAUCCCCCCGGGUUGGCUCCAGCAACCGUUCCGGCACCCGCACCGGAAGCAAGCGCGACAGAGGACAUGGCAAGAAGGAGGAGGAUAUGGCGAAGUCUAUGCCCCUCACCGCUGGCAUGGAUAUCCAGGCUCUGGAGACCUCCACCACUGGCUGGAAGCCUCGUAGUAUUGGGGCUGCUCCGGCUGGUCCUACUCCGGCUGGUUCUGCUUACAUGCCUCCCGACAUGGUGCAGCGUAAGGUGAAGGCCGCGCUGAACAAGAUGACGCCCGAGAACUUCGACCGUAUCUCCGGCCAGCUCUUGGAGAUCGUUUCUCAGUCUAAGGACGAGACUGAUGGUCGCACUCUGCGCCAGGUCAUUCAGCUCACUUUCGAGAAGGCCACCGAUGAGGCCCACUGGGCUUCCAUCUAUGCCAAGUUCUGCAAGAGCAUGUUGGAGAGCAUGAGCGCCGAGAUCAAGGACGAGAACAUCCACGACAAGAACGGCAAUGUGGUUGCUGGUGGCAGCCUGUUCCGCAAGUACCUGCUCAACCGUUGUCAGGAGGAGUUCGAGCGUGGUUGGAAGGUCAACCUACCCCCCAAGCCCGAGGGCCAGACCGAGGAGGCCGCCAUGAUGUCGGACGAGUACUACAAGGCUGCCGCCGCCAAGCGUCGUGGUCUUGGUCUCGUCAAGUUCAUUGGUGAGCUGUACAAGCUGGGCAUGUUGACGGAGCGCAUCAUGCACGAGUGUGUGAAGAAGCUUGUCGACUACGACGGCAUGCCCGACGAGGCCGAGGUUGAGAGUUUGACCAGUCUCCUGCGCACCAUCGGUCUCAGCCUGGAUGCCUCGGAGCGCGGCCACGCCAUGAUGGAUGCCUACUUCCAGCGCAUCAACCUGAUGGUGCAGACUCCUGGCCUGCCCAGCCGUCUGAGAUUCAUGCUGCUCGAUAUCAUCGAUCUGCGUACCGCUCGCUGGAUGUCGAAGGAUUCCGACAAGGGCCCCAAGACCAUCCAACAGAUUCGUGAAGAGGCCGCCCGUGCUCAGCAAGAAGCCGAGAUGGAGCGUCUCCGCCAGCAGGCCAACCGUGGCAGCCGGCCGAACAUGGGCCGCGGCGACGCGCGCAGCUACAGCAACUACGGCAACCAGGCGCCCCCGCCGGACUUCGCGUCCAGCAAGGUCGGCAGUGAUGACCUCCGCCGCCUGCGGACAACUCGCAACACCAACCAGCCGAUGUCUUUCGGACCGUCCAGCAUGCUGGGCUCCCGUAGCAACAGCGGGCGGAAGAACUUUGGCCCUGGCGGCAACCUGGUUCGUGGCAGCGAUGACAGUGCUCAGAGCAGCCGGACUGGCACGCCCACGGGCAAGAAGGAAGACAAGGAGGCUGCCUCCUCGAUGAACGCAUUCAGUGCUCUGGCUGCCCUGGAAGACCGGGACAACCUGGCCACCUCUCCCCCGUCGAACCCUACCUCCCCUCUCCUGACCAAGUCGCAACCCGCGGCUGCUGAGCGCCGACCCUCCAAGACCCCGUCGAAGGACGGCGAGGAAGCAUCAUAG